UUAUAUAUGGCAGACUUUUUCAACUCGCUAGUUGGUGUAUGAUUAAGUUGAGAUGCACGAAAAAUAACCAAUAUAUUGACUGCAUUUGACAUGUUUGGAGUAAAAAUUGUCCUGGACAACUACAGGUUUUAGGAAAAGAUGAAAAAGUAGACAGAGUAAACCCACUGUGCACAACCAGCAAAUUCAGCUGAAAAAUAAAUAGAUAUUAGAAGCGUUUUUGUUUAAACCCUGAAUAUUUAGACAAUGACUUUGUGAUGUGCAGGUUAUAGAGAGGUUAUGAGAGGGUUACACCCUUUGUAAUCUCUUUGGAAACCACUUUCUAGAACAACACAGCAGUCACAUUUAUAUCAAAGGUUCAUUGGAAUAUUCAGGACUGAGUCGGAAUUAUUCUAAUGCAACAGGAAGUGGGUCAGUCAUUUAGCGGUUCCAGAACCAAUUGCAAAAUGACUGUAAGAGAAGUAUAAACCACAGGGUGGCUAAGUGGUCGACAAAUUACUCAUCAGAAUUGGAGUGUGUUAAUAAAGAUCAGAAGCAGCAGGUGGCUGUGUUCAGUAAUCUCCUGGCAGUUCUAUGAUUUUUUUUUUCAAUGGCAUCAGCAGCUACUGUAGGUAGCAAUGUUAUUGAAGGACAGACAGUACAAAUCAAGGAAGGCCCUCCUUUAUUUGAGGAUGAAGGGAAAGAUUUCCCCAAACCCAAACCAUGUGAGAAGAGUUCAUCAAAAAGGGAAGCAGAAGGUUUAAAGGGAAAAAAAGAAACUGAAGAGGUCACCCUCAAUCUGGAAAGUGCACCAAAACUCGAUGCAAGAGAAAUAAGCCUCGACGAAGUUUUAUCCAAGGAGUGUGAACCAGAAGGGAAUAUCCCUCAGCAAGUUGAAAAGUCUGCAGAUGAACCUGAGAACCAAAACCAUGAUUCUGGAUUCUAUUCGUUAGAAUCCAUUAAGAUUGGUUCUGAGGUAGAUGAAGUAGAUUCUCUCAGUCAACUUUCUAGAGAUGCCCCUGGAAGUGAACAGAGGUGUGGGAAGAUGGAAGAUGUGGAACCAUCAGAUCCCUUGAUUGAAAGGACUGAUGAAUGUUCUCAUUUAGCUGAGGCUGGAGAUCAAGAACGCCAAAAGAAUGGAAAUAGAGAAAGCAAGAACAUGAAAUGUCAUAUCACUAAAGACAAAGAAGAAAUUGAAAACAAAAAAACUAGGGGAAAAAGUAUUGAUAAUGCUCAGGACAUGAAAUGUCGUAUCAACAAAAAACCAAGACAUUUAUUAAUUUCCUCUCAGGAAUUCAGAAUUUUACGUAAGGCCUUGCCUGAAAGUAAAUUGUCCAAUCUUGUCUACAAUUUUUUUGCAAAGAACAAAAAGUAUGUUAAGAAGGGCUUGAAAAGAUUUAGAUUCUCCUACUUCAGAUUAAUUGAGACUGAUUGUUUUGUGUUUCCAGUGUUGGAUUUACAGAGUGGUUGGGAUUGGACCACACUGGAUAUGAAGAAAGAAUGGUUUAGACUCAACUCCUUUGCCAGUCUGACAUAUCGCAGAUUCUACAAAUUGUCACCUGUAUUACUGGCCACUGCUGGUUUUUACUACAGUGCAGAACACAGAAAAAUUCAGUGUUUUACUUGUGAUAAAUGUUACACACCAGAAUAUUUAGAAAACUUAUUGCAGGCUCAUGGUACUUCAUAUCCACUAAAGGGUUUACAUGAAAACUGGUGUUUGAUAUCUGACCAUGGUAACAUUCCCAUUCAAAACCCUGGCUGCAAUGACGUAGGAAACCCAUCCUGUAACAAAAGGGCAUUCAAAGAUACAGAAGGGAGACUUAUUCAAUGCAAAAACAUGUGUGGACCUAAUACUUUCUUCAUGGAUGUCAGUCACAUGUUGAUAGAGUUUCCAGCAUUGAAGGAUGCCUUUAAGAGUUGCAGGACUGGCAAGCUUAUCUUGGAAAUGUUUGAACAUGGAAAAUUAAACUCAGCAAGAGGAAUUUAUCACAUCCUUCGGCACCUAGAAAUGGUAAACCCAGAAGACACCAUUGUCGAUCAAGUAAAAUUUCAGCUGAUCAAAUUUUUCUGUAUAUUGACGGAAAAAAUUGUGAUGAAAGGAUUGUGCCGAGAGGGUUGUCAUAUGCAGAGAACGUUUACAAGGGAACAGAUUAUUAUCAACCCUCCAUGUCUAAAAACCAGAGAUGGUAAAAUGAACAUCAUUCAGCAAGGAAUAUUGAAAUUCUUUGAAGAUUUGUGUCCUUCAAACAAGUGCUGUGAUCAUUGCCAGGAGACUGUCUGUCUGACCUUUAGCCACCCCCCACCCCCAGUCCUUUUUAUCAACGUCUUGCGUUUAAAUUUCCUGCCGGUUGGAGCUUUUGAGGACUUACCAGCAGUGGUUUAUGUUCUGGGUCACAAAUACAGGGUUGGUAUGGUGUAUGUACACAAGGGCCAGCACUUUACAGGGUGGAUCUACAAGAAUCAGGCAUGGACUUACUAUGAUGAUAGUAAAGUCAGCCCUGGAGAUAAGUAUUCAGCUGAUUUAGAUGAGACCAAGGAAUUCCCUGGAAAUGAGCUCAAGGUUGUGGUCUCAUAUUACCUCAUCAAUAAUGGAGGCCCAUAAUGAUAAAAAGUGUGUCAUCAGAAAAUUACAAGCAACAUCGUUAAAGAAGGGUUAAUGAAAUUUGAUUUUGUAAAUUAUUUUUAAGAUUUUUUUGGUAUUUGAAGUACCAGUUUGUAUAUCAGAGUACUUGUAAAUUGUGCAGUUUACAAAUUAAGAUAUUUUACCAAAAUAAUUAAUAUAUUUUUUUUAGCAUAUCAUGCUAUUGGACUUCAUGAACUUAUAAUGAUAUUUCUAUACAGUGAGAAUAUCAUGCCAUAACCCUGGGUUCAUCAUGAUAUAUUACUGAGCAUAUCAUGAUAUCACACUGAGUUCAUUGUGAUAUAUGACUGAGCAUAUCAUGAUAUAACUCUGAGUUUUUUGUGAUAUAUGGCUGAGCAUAUCAGGAUAUCACACUGAGUUCAUUGUGAUAUAUGACUGAGCAAAUCAUGACAUAACACUGAGUUCAUUGUGAUAUAUGACUGAGCAUAUCAGGAUAUCACACUGAGUUCAUUGUGAUAUAUGACUGAGCAUAUCAUGAUAUCACAUUGAGUUCUUUGUGAUAUAUGGCUGAGCAUAUCAUGACAAAACAAUGAGUUCAUUGUGAUAUAUGACUGAGCAUAUCAGGAUAUCACACUGAGUUCAUUGUGAUAUAUGACUGAGCAUAUCAUCAUAUUACACUGAGUUUAUUGUGUUAUAUGACUGAGCAUAUCAUGAUAUAACUCUGAGUUCUUUGUGAUAUAUGGCUAAGCAUAUCAUGACAUAACACUGAAUUCAUUGUGAUAUAUGACUGAGCAUAUCAUGACAUAACACUGAGUUCAUCGUGAUAUAUGACUGAGCAUAUCAGGAUAUCACACUGAGUUCAUUGUGAUAUAUGACGAGCAUAUCAUGAUAUCACACUGAGUUCAUUGUGUUAUAUGACUGAGCAUAUCAUGAUAUCACACUGGGCUUAUCAUGAUAUAUGACUGUGGAUAUCAAAUUACACCAAACUUGAAUAAAGGACAGUAGUCAUACUGCUGGAAUAUCGAUUUAUUAGACGUGGAAUAUUAGGGUAUCACAGUUAAUCCCACGUCUAUGACAUGAAAUUGAAUGUACAAUUUUAUUUUAGUUUUGUGCAAUGAAAGGACACUGUUAAUAUGGGAUGUCAUUUGAAUUCACUUUUUGUUUCUAAAUUUGUUUUAUUUGAUAAAGCAGAAGAAUAUAAAACUGAUAAUUAGGGGGUUUUGGGGGUAAGGAAAGCACCUUCCUCAUUUUCAGUACAUCUUUUAUAUAAAUUUUUCAUAUAAGAAUAUAUUAACCACAGAAUUAGAUAUAUUGUAUUUUUCUAGUAAUGUUCUUUGAUAUUGCUAGGGUCAUAAAAAAAGGUAGAUGUUUAUUUUUGGACAGUUGUCAAAAACAUGGGAAAAACUUUGUGGUAGCUGGUUCCAGUGUUGUAUUGGUUUUAAUGUAUUUCUCAUGAAAACAUCUCGAUUUUAAUGAAUACUGACUCUGUGCUAUUUUUUUUUUCAUAGAGAAAUUUAUAUUCUGAUUGUUAAAUUUUUAAAAUAUUUUAAUUUUUCUAUCACAGAAAUAAUUUUACAAUAUAAAAUUGUUACUACAUGUAUAUCAUUGAAUCUGUCUCCUGUGGGUUAAUAACCAGUUAAUUACCAGUUGUAUAUAUAUCCCUUGCCUAUAUUCCUUACAAAAUGUGAUGUGAGGGUCACCAUUACACAUCAGUUCCGUUAUUAGAUAGAUUUAACUUAUCUAAAUUAGCUUCUCAAAAAAUGGCUGUGAUUCUUCUAGGGAAUAAUAUAUCUCUUUCAGGUUCCUCAACACACCUAAGUCUUAUUUGAUGGAUUGAUAACGAAUCCUUUUUCAAAUACAUGUAUGACUUCACAAAACAGAGAGCGAUACCGGCUUUCGAUUAUUUUACCGGGGUUUUUUUUUUUUUUUCAGUGAAAUGGGAAAAAUUAUUCUGACUGCAGGGUAUUAAAAAGCUCAAAAUGUGGUCUUAUUUGAUGCGUAAUAUUAAUAUCUAUAAAUACAUGCCAAAGAUGGUCUGGUCGUUUAUAAUUCUUUAAUUUAAAAAAUAUUUCUGAAAAUUAAAAUUGUUAUUCUUUAACAUCUGUUAAAUGUAUGGAUAAAAUCUGUAGAAUAAGAAAUAGUCAUAUUAAGCACUAAUCAAUGAAACGAAAUUGCUACAUAUUAGAAUAAUUGCAAUUUUCCAUAUAUGAACAGAUCCCAAUAAAAAAAAAAACUGAUCCUGAUCAGAACUGUUUUAAAAUUGAAAUUUAACAAAAAUACUACAUUUUUUUCUGAGAAAUUGAUAUUUAUUAUAAAAUCAAAAAAUGAAAAACUUAUUUUAAAGCUAAACAAUCUGGAAUUUUUGCAAAAUUGUGAUAUAUUUCAACUUUUUAUGAUUAUGUUCAGGAUCAAAUUAAUUACAAUCAGGAUUGGUUUGAAUUUCGAUUUUCUCAAUUUUUCUUGAAUUUCACAAUUUCAUUUUAAUUUCUUGUUAAAAUAUGAUUAUGAAGCAAUUGUUUAAUGUGAGUGACAGUUGACUUGCAGAUUUUAUCCAUAGGUUUAAGGUCAGACGACACGUUCCUCAAUUUUAGAUAACUUUCUCCAGGAAUUUGUUAAUGGUUAACUACUACUUUGACAAGCUUUCUUGCAAAAAAUUAGGGUACCUUACCAGGCAUUUCUGCAAAAUACUAGAGAAUGCAAUUUCCUAUAUAAUCUUCUUGAAAAUACACUUGAAUUGCUGCUAUUAAAAAAUAAAUGCAUCUACAGCACAGCGAAAUUCACUAUAUUAGAACUAUAUCUCUGCCGGGACGGGGCUUUGAACUCACGACCUCAAGAACCUAUACGCUUCUGACAUUGAGCGGCCACAAUUCUAACCACUCGGCCAUCUAGACAUAUAACCAAGCCACGUAAAUUUUGAUCAUUUUUAAAGUAAUUGUAAAAUUAGUAUUUUCUAUUGGAACUCUUUAUUACGAGGAGAUACAAAAAAGAUUCUCGAGGAACGUCUGACCUUAAAAAAAAUAUUUACAAUUCUUGAUUUACCAUUUUAUAAAUAUUUUUUAUCAAAAAUAUUAUAUAUUUGGUCGUCUUUGACAUGUAUUUAUAGAUAAUUCUAUUGUGCACUAAUUGAUACCAAAUAUUUAGCUCUAAAAUAUCUUGCAGUUAAAACGAUGUUUCCUGUUUCUAUUAAAAAUACAAAAAAAAAAAUUUCAUAUAAUAAUUGAAAGCGGAUACUUGUCUCAUUUUUGUAAAAUUACAUUUCAAAAAUUAUUCUUUAUUGAUCGAUCAAAUAAUGCACUGGUUUGUUGAGCAACCUUAACCUAACUAUUUUGAUCAAAGAAAAAUUUUUUAUAGCACUUGUUGAUUUUUUUUCCUCUGUUUUUCUUUUUAUGUAAAUAUGGUAACUAAGCAAAGCAUUGUGUAAAAAUCACUGUCAGACAUUCUGGAACUUUAAUUUUAAACACAAUACAAUUGUUUUGUGCUUCUUUUUUGAAUGGCAAACUUAACAAAAAUAGGGCUGUUGUUGAUAACAAAUGAAUUUAGUCCUGUUAUUUUAGUCAAAUAGUGCAAAGACUACUGUCUCUUACUGAUGCAUGAUGAUGCACAGGUGCUAUAAAGGUUGAAAGUUGUUUAUCUGAAAAGUCUCAUUUUUGUUUUGCAUGAUCACAUUAUCUCUGAGCACAUAUGUGAUCAACUUAGACUGCUUUAACCAUUGAGUGCAAUUACAGGUUUUUUUUUUCAGUAUUGUUAAAGCAUAAACCACCAGAUUUUACAUGUAAUUUUUGGUUGUACUAGUAGCUGUAAGAAGCACAACUCUCCCUAGUAUUACCAACUUACUCAUCACAUUUGGCUUUAAAUCAAAUAUGAUACAAGGCCUUAAAUGUUCUUAAGGCAAGUUAAGUUUACUUAAUUUCUGGUGGUUACUCUUUUAAGUGUUAUUAUUAUAAGAUCCUUUUAGAUGUGCAAUAUUUUGCAAUGUUUUUACUCCUGUUAAUUUUUUAAUGACCAAGGCCUGAACCAAGCAAGAAAUUUGGGAUCAAAUUUUGGGAUUUUUUGUUUUGGGGAUGUUUUUUUUAGUUGGUUGUUGUUUUGUGGUGUGUUUUUUGGUUAAAUUUUUAAUGUUGUGACAAAUACAUAAGCUUUAUAAAAAAUUUGUUUUAAUAUUAAUACAUGUAAAUUGUACUUGCUACAUGUAUCAGUGCAAUUGUCAGUGCUCUUGUAAUGAUAUGUACUUAUUUGUAUAAUUUAUUUGUAUAAAUAUGUGCCAUUCUAACAUAUUCCAAUUUUUUCACUAAUGUUCCUAUUUUUCUAAAUGUGAAAAAAAACAGUUUUGUGUAUAUGUCCUUUUUGGACACUGAUAUGAUACAAAAUGACUCUGUUUUAUGUGUGAGAGAUAAUAGACUAGUCACUGUUGUAAAAUGUUGCUUUCAAUUUCAAAAUAAUAAUAAUUUUUGCUUUAGAGGAAGCAGAAAGGAUGUUAAUAACUAUGCAUAUAUUUGAUAUACCAGUAUACAACAUUAUGCACAGUUAGAUAUUUUUAAGGUCACUUAGGUGACCGAUUGCAAUUGGUGUUCAUCGAUAGUUGUGAUUUGUGCAUCGUUGUAAACAAAUUUACAUUUUUAAAUUCUUCUUGAAAACUACAAGGCCAAUGGUUGCCAUAUUUGGUAUGAAGCAUCUAUAUGGUAAGAAGAAUCAAAAUUGUGAAAUUUGUGGCUCUACUACCCAUUAAGCGCCACCGUCGGGGCCAAAUAUGCACAUAGAAAUACAAAUUUGAAAAAAACUUCUCAACUUCCACUCAUGUGAGGAAAAAACUGAAUGCAUGGUUAUGAUAUCCAUGAUGCCCUCUACAAAAAUUGUGAAAUUAACGGGCCCCUGGGUCAGUGGUACAGGCUCUAUGGUGGGGCAGUAUGACAUCAUUACUAUUAUGACGUGGACCUGUCUAUUUCAUUGCUGGCCACUCAGUCAUGGUUCUUUGAAAUCAACAAGAUUUGUCUGGUACCAUGCAAUCUAUGUAUAUUUCACUUCAAACUGGCAUCAUUUUUACCUUGUUUUGAGCAAGAAUAAGAUAGUUACAUCUUACCAAAAGUCCAAGGUCUUGUUAAAAUGGUUGUAUCAUUGUUUCCAUCAUUGCACAUUCCAGAUAACAUUAUUCUCUUGUAUGAAAAAGUGUUUUCUCCACAACUGCUGUUUCUGCUGUACAGUUAUAUUGUGUGGAGGGUGUAAUAAUACGAGAAAUUUGGCAUUCCUGAUAGCUCUGUCAAGUGGACAGGUCUAUAGCAUUGCAGGAUUUGUAAAGACAUUGGUUCAAAAGUGAAAGCAUUAUAUCCCUGCUUCACUUAAAUUAGAACUAUGUAAAGGUCAAGAUCUACAGUAUCGAUACAUGUAUCCUGGCAUCCUACCAUGCCUUAAAUUGCUGACUUGUUUGCAUUGAGUUCUCUUUUAAAACCUGGUUAGAAGUACUGCAUAUUUACACUACAGGUGAACAAUUUAGAUAUAUUGUUGAGCAAUUUAUGUGUUGGAAACCUGGGACAAAGAAAAGUAUUGGCAGAGUUACAUGUAGAACGUUUAUGUUUUUGAUGGAGGGGACUCUUGUUUCUACAGCAGCAAUUAGCAUGUGUACCUGUACACUGUAUCUUAGUUACUAGAUCUUGACCAUUAGGCCAUUAUAUAGGCCUACCAAAAGCUCAUGUGAGAUUCAAAGAUGAUUCUGUUGUAUUUAUGAACACGUACAGCAGCAAAAUUCAGCUUCAAUUCUGUAUCUGUACUUUUGUUAUUCCAUAAACUCUGGCAUUCCACAUUGUCUCUAGCCACUUUCUGAGGCACAGCUCUCUCUAUACUGGAGAGGGUUGUACAUAUUGGCCGGGGUUUUCGAUGAUGGACAUUCCAACGGUUAAUUAUACACUAGUAUUGAAGGAUUGACAAAUUCAGAAAUUUUUUAAAAAUGUUGUUACGAUGUAAUAAAAUAUUAGACCUUAAAUUUGAUGUAAAAUGAUAUCUGAAAUAUUAGAACCACAGUGCAUGUAACCAUAUUGAAAGGAUUUGGUUUUUGUUUGACAUAAAAAUAAUAAAAUGUAACAUUGGUUGCUUAUGAACAAGGACAAUAAUCUGAUCUUGUUAACUUUUUGAAAAUGAAAUUCUUAGAGUCUCAACACAUGGCUUUGAAAAAAAUUUAAUGCACAUUUAAUUACUAGUGUGUUUUUUUUAUAUCUGGUUAUUAUGAAUAAUUUUAUGUUUAUUUAAAUAAAUUAAUCCUUUAUUGAA